CGACUACAGAAUUGUUAUUUUUCGGAGAAAUAAAAAGUUUAAAAUCACAAACUUGGAACUGAAGUUAGGUGUGGCUGUCAAACUUCCCAACAAGUCUUUUCUUUUUUCUUUCUGAAAUAUGAAAUAGGCUAACAACAAAAUGCGGAGGAACGCCACACCAAAAAAAUCUGCAUCCAGGGGCGCAAUUGGAGAUGCUAAUAACAUGCUAAUAACAGCAAGAGGAAAUACACAUUUAAAGGUUAUAAAACAAAUAGGGAGACCGACUAAAACACCGACUGGGAGAGGCCUUGGAAAAGCAGGAGCCAAGCGUUUGGGCCGACUAUUGAAACGAGCCAUUCAACAGGAGGAGUCCCCAGCGAGGGGGAAGGACUCUCUGCCGAAGACUCCUGUUCGCCUUUUCAAGCAUCAGAUUCAAACGGAGGCUGAGAAUGCACCCAAGACCAACACUACCAAGCCGGCCUCGCCUCACGCCCCCCAGCUCGUCCUCAGUGUGGUCUCCCAGUGCAAACACAGAGGUGGCAUCUCCAUGGCAGAGCUGAAGCAGACGCUGGCUGCUGGAGGCUACAAUGUCACCAAGAAGAACAAGCCGGUGACUCCAAGGCUGGUUAACGAUGAGACACUUGUUCGAAUGACAAGGAAUGCAACACUCAGACUCAACAAUAAGAGCAACACAAAGCAAGUAAGGUCAAGCAUUGUGAAAUCCCCAAAACCAAAAGGAAUUCUGAAGCAGAGCAAAACAGCCAGCAAAUACUCCAGAGGAGCAGAGCAGUCACAGAGACAAGCCAGGAAGACUCCCAAAGCAAAAGGCAAGACUCGCAGAGCGGCAGCCAAAUCACACAAACCAACACAGAAGACGCCCAAAGCAAGAAAAACACCAAAGCCAUCAGGGAAGAAACGCAGAUCUAGAACCAACCAAGCGGUUCGAAAGGCACCAGGAAAGGCUCAAAGGGCUGCGAGACGUCAACCAAAGCAAAAGCGACAUCCAUAUAAAUCCGUUGAGAGACAGCCACCAAGACGGAGGCCAAGAAUAAAAACACAGCAACGUCGGGUUGCUAGGAGAAGAUCUUACCACGAUUAGCAUUUUGGAGUAAUUUAUGGUGAGCCGUAAUAAAAGCAAAGCUUUCUAGCAACCAGA